CUACGCUGCUUCGUAGUUUGUCGUAUGACUGCUUCCUGUGAAUUAGACGAUUGAACCGGGGAACAAGAGAAAUUCUUAUUACUACUAGCGAAGCCUUCAAAUUAUACAAAGAUAAGGAGUUUUUACAUACUUUAGAUUAGAUAGUUCGGGUGAAAGCAAUGGCUUAUCAGCUUUACAGAAAUACUACGCUGGGAAACAGUCUGCAAGAAAGCCUGGACGAGCUAAUUCAGACCCAACAGAUAACUCCUCAACUUGCGUUGCAAGUUCUGCUACAGUUUGACAAAGCCAUCAACGCCGCAUUGGCCAAUAGAGUGCGCAAUAGGGUCAACUUCCGGGGAUCGCUGAACACCUACAGGUUCUGCGACAACGUCUGGACAUUUGUUCUGAACGAUGUUGAAUUCCGGGAGGUCACUGACUUGGUGAAGGUGGACAAAGUGAAGAUUGUUGCCUGCGACGGCAAAAAUACUGGUUCCAAUGCUGCGGAGUGAAUGCAGAAGAUGGGAGACCCUUAACCGUUACUGAUGAAGAGAGGCUCACGUGUGUUAGGGAAAGCCACACAGACAGGACUGUAUAUAUUUAUAAUUUAUUACAGUGAUUUCUGUAAAGACCUGAUUGUUCAAACCUGUAAAUAAGUGAAUCGGUGGUAGCAGCAGAAAGAUGAGUGGAUCAUGUCUUUUUUUUAAAUGAGUUUCAUUGCCCAGCUUUUUUCAGUUCAUAUGUUAUUCAGCUUAAGAAUUCUUUAAUAAACUUUUAUUUAAAAAAAUA